ACACAUCCGCCAUCGAACGAACAUGUUGACAUUCUUGUCAAUUAAUUGAAUUGUAUAACUGAGUUAUAUAUGUUAUUUAUACUCUCAUUAUCUGCUUUUUUGGCAGACCAAAUUAUAGUGACUGACGUUGAUCGAGCCAAAAAAUUUGAAGAACUUUCGCAAUCCAGUCAUGGACGAAGAUAGUCAUUGGACUACCAUAGUGAGAUGUAAUAUGUGCGGCAAAAUACCCGAACAGGUCCCAUUAUAUCAGUGUCCUUUAGAACAUCAAUAUUGCAUGGAUUGUUAUUUCAAAUUACGAGAUAGGUGCAAUAAACCUAUUCAUAAUGAGGCCACCUGUAUUGUUUGUAAAGCUACGGGAAUCUUCACCCAAAGUAAAAUUAAUGCGGAUUAUUUGCAUAGAAUCAAAGCUAGACCAGGCAUCGGGAGACCUUACAGAUAUAACAUCAAUGAAAUUGCCAAUAAAGAUUCUGAAAACUCAAGCUGGAAAACGUACAGAAACAUAUACUAGAUAGAAACUGACAUGGAAAAUAAGAAGAAAUUUCCAAACUUCGAGCAUAAUAACAACGACCUUUAUCUAUGGCACACAAUGAAAUUAACUGGAAAAGUUACUUUGAGAAGUCAGUAUUAAGUUUGUAUAAUUUUUUUGUAAAUUUAGAUUUGGUAUACUUGGUGACUGGGCAGCUAUAUAACAUGUUCAAAUGGCUUUACCUUUGUUGAUUACUUAAUCUGUUUCUACCAUAAUUAUUUAGAGAUAGGGUAUUUAGUGAAUCGGUGCAAACUUUUUGAGAACUGAUGAAAGACAUUAUUUUGAUCUUCUCAUUUGCCAUCCCCUUUGUACGAAAUAUGAAUUAUGAGAUUUUUGAUAUUUUGUCAUUAUUUACAAAACUGUGACACAAGCUGCAUUAUUUGGGAUUCUCAUUAAAACAGAACAUGGUGUCUACAAACAUUGGAUUAUUUGUGUGAUUAUAGUAUGUCAUUAAUUAUAUCUAAAACUUAUAUUGCACAUCAUCAACAUUCAUUGAAAACCAGCUUUAUCUUCUAAAACACUUCAGAAAACUAUUCCAUUGUUGGAUCUUUUCUACAACAUAUGAGUUAUUAGUUCUUGAAACUAUAACAGGUACAAUAAAAUAGUUUAAAUCAUUACGAUGGAAAUAGCCAACCAUUAUAUUAUCAAAUUUAGUACUUUCUUAUCAAGAAUUAUCAUUUUUUCAUUAAAAUUGAUUAUACUGUUUAAUCAUUAUUGUUAAAACACUAAUAAUUUUUCUUAAUUCUAGUGGUAUUAUGUGGUUAGCAAAGGGACCAUAUCUUAACGAUUUUUCACAGUUACUUUCAAAUCAUAUAAUAUAUUUUGGUAUUCCAAAACUCUGAUGUUUUCAUAAUUUUUAUCUACCUUGUUUCUUCUUGAGAAAAAGUUGUAUUAGUAGCAUCAUUUAGUUUAGUUCUUUUAAAAACAAAUUUUUAUCAUGAAGUGUUUUCCUUGUUACGUUUUGCUUCUUAUUUGAAUCAUGUUUUUCGUCAGUAUACUUCAGAAAUAAAAGUGAUCCACAUUUGAUACUGAAUACACUGUUUACUGCCACUUCACGAACACCCAGAAUUAAACUGUUUAACGCACCUUUUAGUAACGAGCUAUUGUGUUUAGAGACGUAAAAAUCUUUAUGCACUUAACAAUCUUUACAUAAUGUCUCAACAUGAUGAUUAAAUCUAUUUUAUUAAAGUUCGAACAACUACUCAGUGAAGUUGUUUUGAAAAAUGUCUCAAAUUAAAUUUUGACUGAAAAUGGAUUAACACAAAUCAGAAACAGAAUGAAGGAUGUUACAGUGACUUGUAUCCAUUAUUUUUAACAACUAGCAAUUGAUGCUCUAAGUUGUUUCGCUGUGUACGAGAAUAAUUAGAAGAUUACCCACGUCCUGUAGGUCCUGUAACGGUGACUACUCCAGAAAAUAUUAAAUUAGUGCAGAAAAUUGUUUUAGGUGAUUUUUAAAUUAAAACAUACGCAUUUUCAAGAGAUCAGAGCUCAUGCAUGUUACAUUACUGACGACAAAUUGGCGAUACCUCGUUAUUUAAAGUUUCAAUACAGUUUUGACACCAAAAAGCAAAUUCUCAAACCAUUAUCAGCUGUAGUUUUAUCUGUUCAUUAGAAGUCUAUAUUGUUAUUAUUAAAUGUAUUGCGAUUAAUAUAAUACAAUUGUUGCUUUUUGAAUUGUAGCGAUUAGGGAACAGAGUGGUUAGUGUAAAACUAGAAGAAACUAUCAUGUCUCUAACCUGAACAAUGAGUAUCAAGCAGCGGGAUGAAGGUACUACUCUGUUUCCUCAAAAAUCUGGUUCAGGAUGAGGUAGGCCAGAGAAACCACAGUCGUGGCAUUAACUACUAUUCACAAAACAUAUUUUGAAAAUGAUAGGAGGAAAACUUGAUUAGGUAUAUUUCAAUAAAUUAGUAUUGUAUAUAAAUAUACUGGAAUGCUGAGAAAAACUAUACAAGGUGGUUGUGGAAUAUCAAUAAUAAGAGGCAGAUUCAAAAAAAGAAGUAGAAAUGUAUUUAUAGGGGAUGGAAUGAACAAGUUGACAUUAUUGUCAAUCAAUUAAAAAUUGUACAACGUCGCUAUAAAUGUUAUUAUACACUUAUUAUCUGCUAUUUUUGGCAGGCAAAAUUAUCGUAACUGACAUUAAAUCGAGUGAAAAAAUAUAAAAAAACUUUCGCAAUCCAGUCAUGGAAGAAGAUAGUCAUUGGACUACCACAGUGAGAUGUAAUAUGUGCGGCAAAAUACCCGAAAUGGUCCCGUUAUAUCAGUGCCCUAUUGAACAUCAAUAUUGCAUGGAUUGUUAUUUAAAAUUGCGAGCGAGUUGCAAUGGGUCUGCUCAAAAUGAGACCACUUGUCUAGUUUGUAAAGCUACGGGAAUCUUCACUCAUAGUAAAAUUAAUAUGGAUUAUUUGGGUAAAAUAAAAUCUAGACCAGGCAUCGGAAGACCUUACAGAUAUAAUAUCAAUGAAAUCGCCAAUAAAGAGUGUGCAAAUUCAAGACCGUCGACUUCCAAGCUACCUAAACACCAAUCCGAGCCAAAGAUAACCCUUGAAAGAUUAUUUGGUCUUCCAUCAAAAGAGCUGGAGCUAUUGUUAAGUAGGAAGACCAAAACCUCUGAGGCAGUACCACCAAAUGAACCCCAUUGUUUAUUACAUGAACUCUCACCAAGACCAAAUUCUGCACAGAGCAUUUCACAACAAUCCAAAACACCAAUAAAAUGUCCACAUGGGUCUUGCAAAAAAAUGAUAACCACUUCCACGUUGAUCUCACACUUCAAACAUGAUCAUGCAGAUAUUCCCUCUCAUGAUAUAAGAAGAGAUAGAGAAUUGUGCUUAACAUUAAAUGUUACCGACAUAAAACAUAACAAUCAUCAUUGUUUGGGAAUUAUAACUGUGUAUGAACCCAAUACUACUGCCAUUGAUACUUGCAAACAGUAUGUCCCCGUUGAUUCAUUUUGGCUAUUGGUGACUGGUUUCAUUGGACCUUAUGACGAUGAAGAUGAUGCUUUGAUUAUCAUUUGGUUAUUUUGUCCUUGCCAGGAUUCGUACCAUACUACCAUUGAACUAAGCUCAAAAUCAGGUACCAUGGCAUUUUCUACUUACUGUGAAGUACACACUUCUGCUCAAAAUUUGGAAUUUGAAGAUAUUGCCAGUAAAUUGCAUUGCUUGUUGUUAGGUAAGACUUCCGUAGCUGCGUUAUUAGAAGAUGGACCUGAACUGGACCUCUCGAUUACCAUACAUUGAGUAAUGGAGAAAAUUUCAAGUAUUGUAUUUGAUGUGGAAUCAAUAGAAUAAAUUUUGGUACAUA